GCCUCAUGCACUCAUCUCGCCCGCUCUCAACACUUCUCAAGCACAUUGCACUACAUCACCACUUCACUCAAUCCCCCACCCCCAACAUGGCGAGCCUCAAGUUGGUGUGCUUGGCCCUGGCGGUCGGCCUCGUGGUGGCCGCACCGCUCGCCGAGUCGGCCAUCAGCUGUGGCCAGGUGACAAACAGCGUGGCCCCGUGCCUCGGGUACCUGAGGAAAGGCGGGGCAAUCCCCCCGGCUUGCUGCAACGGCAUCAGGUCGCUCAACAGCGCCGCCAGGACCACCCCCGACCGCCAGGCCGCCUGCCGGUGCAUGAAGGCCGCCUCCAGCAGCAUCCAGGGCAUCAACUUCGGCCUUGCGUCCGCGCUCCCGGGCAAAUGCGGCGUCAACAUCCCUUACAAGAUCAGCCCUGCCACCGACUGCAACAGGGUGAGAUGAAUGCGAGGAGGGAUUGCGUGGCUGAGGAUGAGGAAAUAAAGACGGGUUCUGAACCCCGCGAGGAGCUCCACUCGCGCGAGUCUCUCCGAAUCGAUGCUGUUUCUUUUGUCCUUUUCUUGUAUUUUGUCUUGGUGAAAUCCCAUGUCGACACUUAGUACCGUCCGAAUAACAUGUUCAGCCAUCGCAAUGCAAAAAUGUGUAUGUUUUUCA